CUCGGGUCACUCAAACGUGACUCCGCUUUUUGAAAUUGGCGCGCGAAAUCCUAACCUCACAUUUAUCAUGUGUCAAAAAAAUUGUGUGUAAAGAAAGAAUGUCUUUACAAUGCACAGAGUGCAGCCGAGAGUUUUCCGUGAAAAGUAAUUUAACGCGACACCUUCGCAUGGUUCAUGCUUUGGACGUCGAACGCAUUGAUAUACUACCUGGGGAUUUCGAUACCUACCACUACAAGUGUCUUGAAGGCUGCAGUAUCUCGUUCAAGUACAACCGGGAGCUGCGGAGGCACCUCAGCGUCAAACAUGAGAUUAAUAUAAUUGAGCUGAAUUUGGAUUUUCCGAAUACUACUGAGUUUAAGAAGUGGUUGCACAAUGAAGAGACUGAGAACUACGUGCAGUACGUGCAUUUGACGGCCACGAAGCGCCGGAGUACGGGGGCGGAGACCUACUAUUAUGAGUGUAGCAGGACAGGAAAGCGCAGUUACGUGGACGACACUGCGAGGAAGCGCAGGGCGCGCAAAUGUGUCUCCAAACUAAACCGUGGCUGUACUAGUCAAAUAAUUGUAAAUAAAUCGCACGACGGCACAUUAUCGGUAAAUUAUUUCAAAACACAUUACGGCCACGAGGUAGAUUUAGAACACGUAAAACUAUCCAAACAGGAUAGAUGCUCAAUCGCCUCAAAACUCUUGCUCGGUUUACCAGUGUCGUCCGUUUUACACUCAGUGAAAAACCCUAGUGGCAGUUUGAAACGCAUCAACCUCUUGGGGCGCAAGGACAUAGUGAACAUUCGCAAAUCGUUCAACAUUGAUUUAAAAGACGGCAAAAUCGUGAACAUUGACCAAAUCAACGUCAGUCAGUUUCUAACAGAAUGCAACGCCUCCGAGCACAAUCCGGUGAUUUAUUGGAGCUUUCAGGAGUUCCCCAAAUCGGACGAGCUUUCGUUCGCCCUCAUGACCAAAUACCAGUCCGACAUGUUAAAGGAAAUCGGUAACAACACCGUGGUUUUGACUUCAACGACGCUAAACAACUGUGAUUUCGAACUGAUCACGCUUUUCGUGAUCGGGAAAAGUUGGGAGAGUUUCCCCGUCGCCUGCAUGUUCACCAAUAAGGUGAACGACGGGACUUACAAUUUAUUUUUUACGAAAAUCAAAGACAGAGUUGGCGCAAUAACACCGGCGGUUUUAAUCACAAAUUGUGACCAAAUGUAUUACGAAGCCUGGAAGAGCGUAAUGGGGGAAGUCCCGUGUAAUUAUUACAACCCUGUCCAAAUGGAAAUCGACUGGAAGCUAAACUUGAACCGCAUUGUUUGCAACGAAACAGACGUGACCCGGGUGAAGCGAAAAUGGGUCUACGACUCGCUGAAGAUUUUCCAAAGCAUUGGUGACGAGACCGAGUUUGUGGAAAACCUGGACGACACGAUGAAAGUCCUCAGCAAGGACGACGAUUUCAAGCACUUCCUUGAGUAUUUCACGAGGAGCUUCAGUGACCCGAAAAAGUGGGCCUGUUGUUACAGAACUGGCGCAGAUUUGCCCCUCAAACAGCUCGAAGUUAUAAACGAUGUUUUGCGCCAGUACCUCAACGAGGAUUUGGAGACGCGUUUCGAUGUCAUUUUCCACUCCCUCAUCAGGUUCAUCCGGGACGAAACCGUCAACUCGAUGCUGAAAACCAAGACAAAUCGGGCGUUUUUCCUAAGCGAGAACGACGCGAGACACGUGCUGGCGAUGGAAAAAAGGCUGAGUGGGGUUCAUUUGAGCGAGAACGUGUGGAGUGUGACUGAGGUGGAGUCCGGGAGCGCGCACAUCGUCCAGAAGUACUUGGAAAAGAAGUGUUGCAAUUUAAUCUGCACCACUUGUCUCAUUUGUCUCCAUUGCUUUAGUUGCAGUUGCGUUGAUUUUUUCACGGGGAAUGCGAUGUGUGUGCACGUGCACUACAUUUGGGUGACUUAUUUCAAGUCGACGGUGCAAGUUAGUGACGAUGUUUCGUGCGACGAAGAGAUUGUUAUUAAGAUUGACGAGGAGGGGGAGGAAUGUGAUGACCAUGUUGAGGUUUUGCGAAAUGCGAUUGCCGGGAGGACUGCGGUUUUGAAUAGUAAUGUUGCGAAUAUUGAGAAUGUGGGGACUCUGAGGCUGAUUUUGGAGAGUGUUAAUCAGCUGUGCGAUUUGGCGCAGAUUGAGAACGAGGAGCAAGGGACGGAGCAUUUGAAUGAUCACGAGUAUUUGUAAAUUUUUAUGAUAAUAAAGAGAUAUUUUAAUGGU